AGUCUGUCAGCCUGCCAGCCAGCCAGCCAGCCAGCCAGCAAGCCUUGAGCUUUUAGCCAUUGCUCCCGACUGCACGCCUUGCAGCCAACGCCACCAUGGCUGCCCCCUUCAAGGUCAAGGCUCUUUUUGAGUAUUCAUCCCCGCACGAGGACGACCUGCAGUUCGCCGCCGGCCAGAUCAUCACCGUGGUCGAGGAGGAGGAUGACGACUGGUACACGGGCAAGUAUGUCGACGACGCUGGGGCCAAGCACGAGGGCAUUUUCCCUCGCAACUUUGUAGAGAAAUACGAGCCCGUCGCUCCCCCUCGCCCGACCCGGACCCGCGCCAAGAAGGAGUCAGAGCCCGCGGCGCCGCCUCCUGCGCCCCCGCCAGCAGAGCUUCCUGCCGAUGCCCCGGCGCCGUCUUCCAAGCCCGCGACUGAGGACGAAGAGCCGGAGCCUGUCGCCCACGCCGCUCCCGCGCCGCCCAGUCUCCCGACAGCGCCCCCGCCCGAGGCCGCCCCCGCCCCGGCUCCUCCGGUCCCUCCAGUGUCGUCUACUCCCCCACCCCUACCCAAGGCUGCCGAGCCUCAGGCCACGUCGCCACCCAUCUCGGCCAGGCCCUCGCCUGGGCCCUCCAAGAACGCACCCCCGCCCCCGGCCGCAAAACCCUCUGGAAAUGCCUUCAAGGAUCGCAUAGCUGCUUUCAACAAGACUGCUGCGCCGCCUCCAACCCCUUUCAAGCCCAGUGGGCUGACUGGCGCCACUGGCUUCAUCAAGAAGCCAUUUGUCGCGCCGCCGCCGAGCAGAAAUGCUUACGUGCCUCCCCCGAGAGAGGCUCCCACGACAAAGGUCUAUCGCCGGGACGAAGACCCUGAAAUCAAGGAGAGGGAACAGGAAAACCUCCAGAGCGCCGAGAAGGCCGGCCUGGUCGCCGGCAGCUCCCAAAGCGCCGAGGGCGAGGAGGAGCCAAAGCCUUUGAGUCUCAAGGAGCGCAUGGCCCUGCUCCAGAAGCAACAGCAAGAGCAGGCUCAUCGCCACGCCGAGGCUGCAGCAAAGAGGGAGAAGCCCAAGAGACCAGUCAAGAAGCGUAUCGAAAGCAACGACGGGGCUGACGAGGGCGAAUCGCAGUCCGCACCACCUCCUCUUGAACGCCAGGAUAGCGAAGAUACGGCAGGUCGGCCAUCUGUUGAUGAGCCGCCUGUCGGGCGCGCCAACCGGAGAAAGUCGUCCACCAAGGGUCUGGGCGAGCCGAACGACGGUAAUGAGGCGGAUCUCUCGGGAGCAGGCGACACAACCGAGGGCCAAGAGGAUGUUACUGAACGCGAGGAUAGCGACGACAAACCGGCCCUCCCCGUUCGGGUGGCCGCCCCUGUCCCUGCCCCUGCUGCUGAGACGCCCGAGGCCGAAGGAGGCGAAGAGGAGGAGGAGGAAGAGGAAGAGGAUGAAGAUGUCGACCCCGAAGUCCGGCGAAAGGAAGAGCUCCGCGCAAGGAUGGCCAAGAUGAGUGGAGGCAUGGGGAUGGCCGGCAUGUUCGGAAUGCCAAUGCCCUCAUCGUCGGCUCCGAAAAAGAAGAAGGCCUCGGCGCCCACCGAGAGGCGGUCGAGCGAAGCUCCCGAGGCCGUGCCAUCGCCGGCAUUCCAGGCUCCCCCAGUGCCUGCCAUGAUGAUGGCACUCCCAGGGCUGUCUGCUGCUAAGCGUCCGGAGGAGAGCGCGCCAAUUCCCGAGGGGCAAUCUGAAGACCCGGUGGCAGAAAAUAACGACGAUGAGGAUGGAAGCACACCGAUGCAGGCCCUCACGCCUGCCCCUGGCUCGCUCGCCCGCGCGCCUACGGGCGGCGCCCCUCCUGUUCCAAGCGUUCGGCCAGCGCCGCCGCCUGUCCCAUCUGAAGCUCGGUCACCCCCAGCGCCUCCAAUGUCCGGACUGAAAUCCCCGAGCGCGGGUUCCGAGUCGGACGACGAACUGUCGGAGAAGGCCCAGGACAACCUCUCGACCCCACGCAGCGAAGCUCCGCCGGCCACCAGGGCACCGCCUCCGCCACCGCCCGUGGCAGCGCCGUCGUCUAUCGAUCCCGGGUCGCCCCGCUCUCCUGUUUCUAGGCAACGGACUCUUUCAGGCGAGGGCAUGUCUCCGACCUCACCGACCUCCCCCUCGAGCAAGCGCGCGAGCCGGGUUCCCCCGCCCAUCCCCACCUUCAGCCCGACGCCGCCGCCCGCGUCAACACGGCCCCCUCCGCCGCCGCCUCCUGGAGGUAUCAGUCGGCAGAAUACCGCAGACAACAAUCGCCCCCUCUCGCCCACUACUGCUUUCCGCAAGGAGGAGUCAAACGGUGACGACGAGAUUACAGAAUACGAGGGCGAUUACGACACAGACAUCGCGUCGUCGGUGCCACACAAGGAUGCUCUCAAGUCGCACGGGCGUGACUCGAGCUUUGAGGAGGCUGCUUCGACGACAUCGCCGCCGGCGCCGGCGCCCCCUGCCCUGCCCCCCUCGCUGCCUCCGCCAGUCCCGUCUUCGAACGCCCCUCGUGCUCCUCCGCCAGUUCCAAGCAUGCCGCCUCCACCGCCGGACAACAAGCCAUCGACGGAUAUGCCUCGUGCCGCGCCGCCGCCGCCGCCGCCGCCGCCACCCGGCCAGGAAGCUCCCAAGCAAGACGCUGACUACGACCCCUUCAACUAUACCGCAGCUCGGGUAGCUCCGGCCGCUCCCAGCCACCCUCCGCCACCGUCAAAAUCGCCCGAGCCCGCAUUUUCCCCGCCGGAACCGCACGCCAUGUCACCACCUGCGAUGCCAUCAACGCUACCACCUGCCAUGCCACCCGCCAUGCCUAACUUCCAGCCUCCGCCACUCCAGACACGAGCCCCGCCUCCUGCGCCACCUAGUAAUCGCGCCCCACCUCGGCCAUCUCUGGAAGUACAGCGCUCGGUAACAAAUGUCCGGAGGUCAAUUGACUUUUCACGGCCGUCAAUGGAGUCGGGCUUUGUUGCAAACGACGUUGACCUGGCGCCCCAGUCGGGUUGGUGGCUGCAGCCCAAGGGUCUCCCGCCACAGCUACAAGGCCGCAAGGACAUCUUCUUCGAGUCGGAGGAAUCGCAGUCAGCGGACCAAGGAACGACAAUGGUAACUCGUGACAUGUACAUCUUGUACCAGGACUAUUCACAGACCGUCAUCACGGUCACUUUCGAUCCCCAAGACACGUCUAAUGCACACCUCGGCCAGCGGCACGAGCCUCCGCCCCGGGCGCUGCGCCAGGAUCAACUAGAGGAGUCGUACGAGCGAUUUGGUCGGCUGAUAUCGACGGCCGUCACAAGCAAGAAAGACUCGGUGGUUGGCGACGGGACGCCGCAGGGUCUUGUCUACGAGCUGCUGAGGCCCCUGGGCGAUGCCCUGCUCCCAGUAGGUACCCGUGCCUACGGCGCGCUCGUGUACUCCAACCUAGCCAACGCCAGCACGACGCUCAACGACGAAAUCCGGCCGGGCGACAUCAUGUCGGUGCGCAACGCCAAGUUCCAAGGCAAGCACGGAGCCAUGCACGCUAAGUAUAGUGUCGAAAUUGGCAAGCCGGACCAUGUGGCGGUGGUGGCCGAGUGGGACGGGACCAAGCGCAAAGUGCGGGCGUGGGAGCAGGGGCGUGAGAGCAAGAAGGUGAAGCUCGAGAGCUUCAAGCUCGACGACCUGCGCAGUGGCGAAGUCAAAAUCUGGCGCGUCAUGCCGCGCAGCUGGGUCGGUUGGGAGGGGCAAAACUAGGGCACCCGUCCCGCCGUUGUGCCAUAUGCUCGCCCCUUGGCGUGGACGGCGACGCGUCCGCCCGAGACUGCUCAUCUUGCGGUCCAUGAAACCCGCCAUGCGCCGCGGCUCAGAGGCGGAGAAGGCAGAAUAGCCCAAGGAUCGGGCACGGCCUGGGGUCCGUUGUGGACGCGCUGCGCAUGCGGGAGGCCGAUUCGGGGGCUACAACAGCCGUGACCGGGGAUUGUCAAAGGAGGGCUUAUUGUUUUACAAACUUGGCGACAACGGAGACAAAUCCGCCGUCGUAUCGAUGCAUACUGCGGCGGGCAGGAGCAUGGGCUACGGCGAGGCGCCUGCUGACAAUGUGAAGCUCGCUCAGUCUGUUCUUGUGCGUAUGGAAGGGGGUUGUCUGACGGGCUCGAGUGCCAUUGUCGGCGCGUUGGUGGAAACGAAGGCGGGCCUUGACGUCUUGCUUGUUUCUUGUGAUUCACAGCCACUAUGUUGUUCCUUGUUCUGUUCGGGUCAUAGCAUCAUAACUGCCAUUUCGUGUUCCCACUCACAUCAUGUUUACCCCAAACCAACCUGCAUAUUUGUUAGCUGCGGGCAAUGGCCACUAUGCGGGUUCAUGUCGUAGUGCAGCGUGGCUCUGUACAUGCAGUCAGUUCGUUGCAACGCUGGGAUUGCGUCGCAAUAACAAACGGGGGGCUUGAUUCUUUCUCUCUGACGACCCGCGCUGCUGUCUGGCCGGCCUCCAGACGCCGGACCAGACGCCAGACCAAACGAGGGGCGGGA